AUGGAGAGUAAACAUGAUUAUUUUAAUUUUAGGCUGCAUCAAAAAAACUUUAGAAUAAUUCCAAUUAUAUAAAGUUAUAUUAAGAUAGAAAAAUCUAAAUUAGAAUUAGUUUUAAAUGCAAUUUAAUCUAUUAAAACUUUUAAUCUAAAAAAUUCAAAUCCAGCUGGCUACAUUAUAAAAAGAGUUCAAAUAAUUCAAAAAAAAACAAUUAAGAACAGUGUUUUGA